AUGGCCGGCUGCAGUUCCUUCAAACUGACAGUAACGAAACUUGUCGUCUUUUCGUUGUUUGUGUUUCUUACUGUGGUUCUACAUGUAACCUCUAACCACCUGUUCGACGUUUACGCAGUGUUCAACAAAUUCAGCAGUAGCUACUCUGCUGAAACAAACAACACUCAUGGAAAAACCUUCAACUACAGGUUCUAUAAUGAAACGCUCAACGCAAUACAAUUUGCACCCAAGCCAGUAUCUGAACAUCCUUUUCGUAUGGAAGAGAUUAUCAAUCCACAUAAUUUUGAGUUCGUCAUUCGUCCAAACGUGACAUGUUCUGGCCGAGAGGUUGAACUGGCAAUCUGUGUCGUCGUUAAGGGUGACAAUCACGCUGGAAGAUCCGUCAUUAGAAGGACCUGGGGCAGCUAUGCCAAGGAUCCAAACAAUAAAGCUGUCUUGCUGUUCUUUAUUGGUUCUGACAAAACUGAAACAGACAAACUGUCGGCUAGACAAUCUAGACUACAGAAAGAGGCAUUAUCCUUUGGCGAUAUCGUGCAAGAAAACUACAUAGACAGUUAUAGAAACCUCAGUUUAAAGACUGUGUCAGUUCUAAGAUGGGUGAAUUUAUUCUGCCCCAACGCUAAAUAUAUUCUCAAGGUCGACGAUGAUGUGUAUGUGAAUAUUCCACUUUUGAUUAAAUCAUUACACGACUUUGCCGCCCAGUUAUCACCCCCAGGUCCCUUUAUCUUUGGAUAUUUAAUAGCAGACAAUGGCCCACAUAGAGAUCCGACUUCUAAGUGGCACACGCCUUACACGGUAUAUCGAGAAGAGAAAUACCCGAACUUCGUUUCUGGAACUGCAUACGUUAUGACAGGCGAAGCUGCAGUACUUUCUUACGAAGCAUCUCUGAGAAUUCCUCUGUUUUGGCUAGAGGAUGUCUAUAUUACUGGACUGUGUGCUAGAAAGGCGAAGGUUCGAGUCUAUGGCAGCAAUUUAGUUUAUAAUGGAAAGCUUACGGCCUCGGGUUGUACUUUCAGAACUAUGGCCUCUGGCCACGGAUAUACACUUGAGGAAAUAGUCAAGAUUCACUCGGAGCUGUCUGAUCCAAAUCUAAAGUGCUGA